AUGGCAAACCCCACAGAUUGGUUUGACUUGGGGGACGCCAACUGAGAAGCGGCAAGAUGCAAGAUGCGCGAACAGGCCUGUGGAGGAGGAGAAGGAAAGCUGGAUGGGAUCGAUGGAGAGGAGAGAGGGAAGUGGAAGUGAUGGCACAUACGGGCUAGGCAAGGGGAACAUGGAACCUGAACCCACAAUAGGACGGGAUGACAGGGCAGGGCAGGCGGGGAGGCAGGCUACGCUACUAGGAAGCGACAAGGUAGGCGGCGGUGCUCCGUCCCGUGAAAAUCGAGAGGCGGCGCAAUACCCAGUCCUGCCCUGUACUUCCUUGACCUGGAAGGGACCAGAGGACCGACCCCCAUGUUUCCAUCCUUGGUAG